GAAAUUUUAAUAAAAAAAUAGACCGACUUUUUUUAAUGUCGUAGAUUUGAAGAAAUUCUCGUAACUUGUAAUUGAAUACUGAAAUGGUUUUUUUUCACAGACAACCUAUAAAAUGGCAGACCAAAUUCAAGGCCCUCUAGAACCAGGGAAGGUUAUAAAACCUAUAAUAGAUCAUGAAGGAGUCAAACUUUUAGUGGAAAGAUUGUAUGGCAUAUCUGUAUUAGAACUGGUUGAACUCAAUGGAUAUGACGAUAAGAACUAUAAGAUUGUCGAAGAUCCUAACGUGAAAAAUCCUCUGAUAACUAACCAUUGCCCUAAUGGAUAUGUGUUGAAGAUCAUGAACUCGAUGGACUCGCAAAACGUCAGUGUUGUGGAGGCACAGAAUGAGAUCAUGAACUUCUUGAAUGCCAGAUCUGUAACAUGUCCGAAGCCAAUACGCAAUGUCUACGGACAUCUUCAUUCAGUUGAAAACAUUGGAGGCAAACAACACGCCGUCCGCUUACUGGAAUAUGUGCCUGGAGAACUGUUCAAGAAUGUGCCUAUGAGCGAGCCUUUACUGUACCAGCUGGGGGAAUUUGUCGCUAACUUGGAUAACAAACUGCAGAACUUCAACCACUCUGGUCUAGUAUCUCGCGAACACAUAUGGAUGCUGACCACCGUCCCGCACUUGGAGAAAUUCAAGUACGUCAUCAAGGACGCUGAGAAACUGGAUCUGGCUGAGGAGGUUCUAGAAGAAUUCAAGUACGCCGUGGUUCCCCGCCUUGAUGAGCUAGAACGAGGCGUCAUUCAUGGAGAUGUCAACGAGAUGAAUGUGCUCGUUAGCUUGAAACCUGGAGGCAGUAAAACCGACUAUCGUAUCUCGGGCAUCCUCGAUUUUGGCGACAUUCAAUACUCCUACUACGUAUUCGAGUUGGCCAUCACGAUGACGUACGUGAUGCUGUUGACGGGUGACAUCCGAUCGGCGGGUGUGGUGCUAGCGGGGUAUACUGUCACACGCCGCUUGCCCGACCAUGAGUACGCCCUGCUCAAGACUUUAAUAUCAGCCCGCCUAGUCCAGAGUUUGAUCUUGGGUGCGUAUACUCUGGAACAGGACCCGAACAACACGUAUGUUACCUCUACGGAGAAGGCCAAGGGCUGGGAGUUGUUGAAGAAGCUAAGGAAGACCAGACCUAGCGGUGACGAGCUAGACCUUACAGACUGGAAGGCGAUCGCCAACGAAUACUUAACCAGGAGUUAAGAAACCUUUUGCACACAAAGGAUGAUAAUGAUAGUUAUUUUACGGGAUUUCUUGUUACCUUCAUGUAUGGCAUGAACUUAAGUUCUUCUUUAAUCAAUAAUUCAAAGUUUCAAUCAUGAGAGUUGGUAAACAUUUUUAGAAAAGAUCA